AUGCUCAGCGCAUCUAGCCCCGCAGGACGUCUUUCUCUUCGAGCAAUGUAUCGGUCUUCAUUUCAUUUCGGCAGUCGUGCAUUGGUCCACCCCCGGGUGCUUGAUCUAGCUGGUAGAAAUCGAGGCCUCUACAGAUCAACAAGCUAUGACAAUUUCAUGGCGCACCUGCACCUAUGUGGUUAUAUUCGUAUGCCUCAGAGUACAUAA